GGCCGGAAAGGGAAGCCGCUUUCCGCCGGAAAUGACGCACAAAAAGGCGGUUUCUGAGGCGAGAGAGGUUCCUCCACCAUGAAUCCCCUCCGCCAUCCUCAGCCUCGCCACCUCUUUGUGGGAGAAGGGAAUUUCUCCUUCUCAGCCGCUUUGUGUGAAGCAAAAGGCUGCGAGGCCUGCAUUGUUGCGACCUGCUUUGAAAGUGAAGAUGCUGUUUCCAGGCAAGCGCUUGCUCGAUCCGAUGUGGAAUACCUCAGGAGCAGAGGGGCUGAAGUUCGCUUCUGUGUCGACUGCACAAAACUGCAGGAGGUCUUCUUGCCUGCAGAGAGGGAUUUUGAUCGCAUUUAUUUCAACUUCCCCCACUGCGGGAGAAAAGCCGGAGUGAAGAAGAACCGGGAGCUUCUUGCCAGGUUUUUCUGCAGUUGUGCAGAGGUCCUGGCCGAGAAGGGGGAGGUCCAUGUGGCACUCUGCAGGGGGCAAGGCGGGACCCCUGCUGACCAGCCCAGGAGGGAAUGGCAUAACAGCUGGCAAGUCGUGGCCAUGGCUGCAGAGGCAGGGCUCAUCCUCAGCGACGUCCAUCCCUUUCACAACAAGGAAGCACCUGGAUAUACAUGCACAGGGUACAGAAGUCAGGAUAAAUCCUUUUGCGUAGAAGGCGCCUUGAACCACAUCUUCACAAGGAGUUCCUCUUUGCAAAACCCUGGGCCUGGGAUCUGUCACACAAAAGUGGGAGGCAAGACUAUUUCCUUCCAGGUUCCAGAAAUAUUUAGAGAUAAAAUAAGCAGGGGCUUUCUAGACAGGGAUUCAGAACAUCCUGUAAGAACCAUACUUGGAAAGAUUGUGGAUGGACUCAGCGAAUCAUUCCCGGUUCAGAGAGUGAACUCUUCCCUUCCCUUGGUCUUCCAAGGCAGCUCCAGCUCUCCUUCCUCUCUGGAGGCCUUUUGGAUGGUUGAAACCAUAAACAGAAACCCAGACGCCGUGGUUAGCAGAACUCCAAGGGAAACCGAAGCCUUAUCCUUUCCUGGCUGGGAACAUACUGAUCAGAGAAGUCAUUUAAUCGGCCAGGAAUCAGAGAAAUACUACUUGAGACCUUAUCUGCUGCCUUCUCUUCAUGCAGUGUUUGAAGAUACAGAGUUCCCUCCUGGGACUUUGUUGGUCUUGAGUGGAUUGGCCUUUAGGAACUGCACGAUCUCUGCCUAUUCGCCGCCUGUUUUUCAUGAGGCUCUUUUUGCCACUUUGGCAAACAAGGGCUUGGAAGACGUAUGUUCCCAGCUCCUUGCAAAAAACCUCAUAAGGACGUUGAACUCCUUGCUCCAAGAAGCAGGUUUUGAGUUAGAUUGUGCAACAGGCGAGCUGGACUCAUUCGCCUUUAUGGCUUCUAAUCCGAAAUACUUUAUCACCACAUCUCUAAAGGCCUCAAAGAAGAAGCUUUGUGUGGGGGUGAUACAUACAGUCCCAUGCCAGUCUAUGAACACGGACCGAGAAAUUGUGUGUGUUUCACUGAACCUGGACCUUCUCGCCAUGCAAGUAUGUGGGAUCUCCGACUGGCGCCUGCUCUGGACACGGGAUGAGCGUUUCCUGGUGCAGUUUGCAAAAGGGCAUUUGGGGCCCUUUGAGACUUUCUCGCUCCACCCACCCUCCUACAUGCACGAUAUCAGCUUCUGGGUCGCUGAAGCCAGCGGAUUUAGUGAAGUCCAGCUCCAUGCCAUCGCACGGGCCACAUCCCACGGCAUGGUGGUCUCCAUCCAGCUUCUGGACCACUUCCUGCAGCCCGGCUCCGGCCAGAGCAGCCUCUGCUUCAGGCUCACUUACCAGUCCUGCGACCGGGCACUCGGUCCGAGGCAGGCGGCCGAAAUGCAGGCCAAACUGAGAAAAGAGGUCCAGCGCUGCCUCCACGUGACUCUCAGAUACAGGAAGGAGGAGUCGCGCAUGCGCAGGGCUCCCUGCCCUGACUCAUCAUGGCGGCUCUUGGGCUCCCGCGGUGAGGCGUCUCCCCUCGCUGGCGGCAAAGUGGGCGGAGCCCUCGCCCUGUUGGUGCCCGCGCUCAAGAUGGCGGCCAGAGGGGCCCGGCAGCGGGCUCGAGGGAGCGGAGGGGACGGGCCUUUUCCGGCUCCCGAGGAGGCCCGAGCCGAGCCAACUGGGAGCAAAGCCGGCCACGUCUGGGCUCCCGAAGGAUCCACAGCCUUUAAGUGCUUAAUCUCCGCCAGGUUCUGUGCCGCCCUCCUGAGCAACAUCUCCGACUGCGACGAGACUUUCAAUUACUGGGAACCGAUGCACUACCUCAUUUACGGGAAAGGCUUCCAGACAUGGGAAUAUUCUCCUGUCUAUGCCAUCCGCUCUUAUGCGUAUCUGUGGCUCCACGCCUUGCCGGCCUUCUUCCAAGCCAGAGUUCUGCAAACCAACAAGGUUCUUAUCUUCUAUUUCCUGCGCUGCCUUUUGGCCUUCCUGAGUUGUGUUUGUGAGCUUUACUUCUAUAAGGCAGUGUGCAAGAAGUUUGGGCUGCAUGUGAGCCGCCUCAUGUUGGCCUUCUUGGUGCUCAGCACUGGGAUGUACUGCUCAGCAGCUGCCUUCCUCCCCAGCAGCUUCUGCAUGUACAGCACAAUCGUGGCCAUGACCGGGUGGUACAUGGACAAGGUCUCCCUGGCUGUCCUGGGAGUGGCAGCGGGGGCUAUUGUGGGCUGGCCCUUCAGCGCUGCACUUGGGCUUCCCAUUGCCUUUGACUUCUUGAUCCUGAAAAAGAGGUGGAAGAGCUUCCUAAGGUGGUCUCUUGUGUCACUGGUGGUGUUUCUGGUUCCUCUGGUGGCUAUUGACAGUUAUCACUAUGGGAAACUUGUGGUGACCCCUCUCAACAUUGUCUUGUAUAAUGUAUUCACGCCACAUGGACCGGAUCUUUAUGGUACCGAGCCCUGCUCCUUCUACUUUGUCAACGGCUUCCUGAACUUCAACGUGGCUUUCGUUUUGGCGCUUCUGGCCUUGCCUUUAACGUCUCUCAUGGAAAGUUUGCUACAGAAGUUUCAAGUUCAGAACCUGGGCCGUCCCUAUUGGCUGACGCUUUCCCCGAUGUACCUCUGGAUGCUGAUUUUCUUCAGCCAGCCCCACAAGGAGGAGCGGUUCCUGUAUCCCGUCUACCCCCUGAUUUGUCUCUGUGGAGCUGUGGGACUCUCUGCCCUUCAGAAAUGCUACCACUUCGUAUUCCAGCGCUACCGCCUGGAGCACUACACCGUCUCUUCCAACUGGCUGGCUCUGGGGACGGUCUUCACCUUCGGGCUGCUCUCCGUGUCGCGCUCUGUGGCCUUAUUCCGAGGCUACCAUGGGCCCCUGGACCUGUACCCAGCCUUCCACAGAAUCGCCACGGAUCCCACGGUCCACACGGUGCCAGAAGGGAGACCGGUCCAUGUCUGUGUCGGGAAGGAGUGGUAUCGCUUUCCCAGCAGCUUCCUUUUGCCCCAUAAUUGGCAGCUUCAGUUCAUUCCGUCAGAAUUCAGGGGCCAGUUGCCCAAACCAUUUGCCAAGGGACCCAUGGCCACACGCAUCAUUCCGACAGAGAUGAAUGACCAAAACCGGGAGGAACCUUCCAGAUACUUUGACAUUUCCAAAUGCCAUUACCUGGUGGAUUUAGACACUCUGACCGAAGCGCCCCGGGAGCCGAGGUACGCGGCUAACAAAGAGGAGUGGAUGACGAUCGCCUACAAGCCCUUCCUGGACAGUUCAAGGUCUUCGAAGCUGUUCCGGGCCUUCUACGUCCCCUUUCUCUCCGACCAGCACACCACCUUCGUGAACUACACCAUCCUGAAGCCCCGGCGAUUGAAGCAAGGCAGGAAAAAGGCCGGCGGUGGCUAGAGCCUGGAAAAAAGAGAGCCAGUGAACGAACGAGACUGGCAUCUACUUCAGGUUUCUUUCUGCUCACCUUCCUUUUUGUUCAGAGCGGCCUGGGGCUGUCAGAAAGAGAGACAACAACCACGGUUGUGAAGGGUUCCCAUUGUUGGAUGAGAACUAGCAGUUUCUCAAGUUGCUCCUGACACGAAAAAAAAAAUCGUUGGAUGGCUGGAUGGGUGGUCUGCAGAGAUAUCAAGGGUGGGUCGGGUUUCAUAAAACUAUUCCGAACUCUCUCCUGGGAUUAUACAGGAGACUAUCCUUGUUGGCUAGUCAACAGAAGACUUGCCUUGAGGGAAAGGACUGCUGAUAAGGCAGAAGGCAUCUCUGCAGCUUCCUCCUUUUCCUCCUCCUCCGUUAAGGCUCUUCCUGCCUACCUUGGAAGGGAUGGGUGCAUUUGUGUGUGUUCUCUUUCCCUAAAUUAUUUCCCUUGGAGAGGGAGGACUGCAGCAUCAGUGCCGGAAGGAGCUCCCCGGCGGGAGAAAGGCCCUCCAGGUCUCAAAGCAAACUGACUUGCACUUUUGAGAAAAUGUGAACUAGUGAAUGGAGAAAGAAAACAA